UGUUGCACAAGCAUUUGAUUCUCCGCUCUGUAGCCAACCAAGUUAGUCCUCAGUGGCACUGCAGCCAGGCCACUCUUCCAUCGCGUUACCUGUUUCCUGGUUGCCAUUUCUCGACCGGCAACCACUUGCGCGACUCAAAACUCCUGCGACCAAUUUGCAAGGAAUUUUCGAGCAAGAAGUGACAGUAAGGAAAAUCGUGGUUAGUUCGAGAGUCUUUCUUAUUUUGUGCGGAGAAACGCUGGGUGAAGGGGAAACCAAGCUUCCGGGAGCAUCGUUGGCACUGGGGAAGCAGCAGAAUGUUCUAACGAGAAAAACAAUCUAUCUGCCUUGUUCCAGCUGAUAUCUAUUUUAAUAUUGAAAGUGAUUGAAAGAUAUCGUCGCAAGUCAGUGGUGACAUUUACUGGAUACGGAAAUUUUCGAACACGAUGGAGUUGCCAAUGAACGAUCGAACCGUGCGAUGCAAUUGAGUCGAGAUAUCGGUACGGUGCUCGUUGUUCGCUGUUGAGGAAGCUGCUAUUCGUCGUUGCCGGAGUACGCGUCACAGAAAUGGAGGACACCAGCAGUCCGUCAGGCACGCUGCCCGCUUCCUUGGAACUGAAAACUCGAAGACCUCCGCUUCAAACGCAAUCCUCAACUCUGGAUACGAAAAAGAGGCAAGCGGUGUACGUGAGGAGAGCCUACAAAAAGUAUGGCUCCAAGAGUAACCCGAAUAUUAUUUUGGAUGGGCUGAAUAUGACCGUGCCGAAAGGCACCAUAUACGGUCUGCUCGGCGCAAGCGGUUGCGGAAAGACCACAUUGCUCUCUUGCAUCGUGGGUCGAAAGCGUCUGAAUUCCGGUGAGAUCUGGGUACUCGGUGGUCGACCAGGCUCCAAAGGAUCAGGUGUUCCUGGUCCACGAGUGGGUUAUAUGCCGCAAGAAAUCGCAUUGUACGGCGAAUUCUCUAUAAAGGAAACGUUCAUAUACUUCGGUUGGUGCGCUGGUAUGACCACGGAGCAAGUACAGCAGAAGCUAGAGUUUCUUAUAAAGUUUUUGCAGCUGCCAACAGCAAAGCGUUUCGUGAAGAAUUUGUCAGGUGGUCAGCAGAGACGAGUCUCUUUCGCCGCGACUCUUCUGGCUGAUCCAGAGGUGAUGAUCCUGGACGAACCCACAGUGGGCGUAGAUCCUGUUUUACGACAGAAUAUUUGGGACCAUCUUGUCGAUCUGACGAAGAACAGCAAUAAAACCAUUAUAAUCACCACGCACUAUAUCGAAGAAACUAGACAGGCUGGUAUCAUUGGUUUGAUGAGGAGUGGUAGGCUAUUGGCUGAAGAAUCACCGACGAGACUAAUGGAGAUGCACAACGUGGACACCCUGGAGGAUGUAUUUUUAAAGCUGAGCAGAAAGCAAAAUAUGGGUCUUCGAAGGAGAAGCAGUAUCCUCAGCAGUGUUACUGGUGUUCCUCCUGAAGGUCACGUAGAUGACGAAAUGAGCGGUGAAUUUGGCGACAACGUCAGUGUUUCUAGUCGAAGGAAAAGCAUCGUCAUCGAUCAUCUCAAUGUGUCAGAUUUGCCACCAGAAGAUGAGUGUCACGGAACGUCUAGGAUGGUCAAUCCGAUGCACAUGAAGGCUCUUAUAUGGAAGAACUUCCUGUGGAUGUGGCGAAAUGUAGGCAUGAUUAUGUUUAUCAUCGGUCUGCCAGUCGUUCAAAUCCUUCUGUUCUGUAUCUCCAUCGGUAAAGAUCCGGAAGGCCUGAAACUGGCAAUAGUGAAUCACGAAUUAAACAGCAGCAACGUGGCACAUUGUACGUCGUCAGAAGGCUGUAAUUGGACUUUGUUAAGUUGUCGAUUUUUAGAACAAUUAGAUAAAAGAGAGGUGGACAUUGUACUAUAUGACACCGAAGACGCUGCUAGAGAUGCUGUUCAAAAUGGCGAUGCUUGGGGUGUCAUAAUGUUUCCCUCGAAUUACACGGAUUCCUUGGAAGCGAGAAUAAAGUAUGGAAAAGAUGCCGACGACUGGGAUAUAGACUACUCUAACAUAGAAAUCGUCAUGGAUAUGUCUAAUCAGCAAAUUGGGUAUCUCCUUCAAAAAAAGAUUUAUAAUUCGUUUGAAGCAUUUGCUGAGGAAACGACAAUGGCUUGCAAUUACAGCGAAAAACUAUCAACUAUACCGAUUGAUUUUAGACAGCCAAUAUAUGGUCCUACGGAUCCAAAUUUCACCGACUUUGCAGCACCAGGUGUUAUUUUAACAAUAAUCUUUUUCUUGUCGGUUGCAUUGACUUCCGGCUCCAUGUUGUUAGAAAGAAACGAAGGUCUUCUCGAAAGAAGUUUAGUUUCUGGUCUCACUGGAACGGAAAUUCUUUUCGCACAAGUUAUAACUCAAUUCACGAUAAUGGCAGGCCAAACGAUAAUGGUUCUAAUAGUUUCGUUCGCAAUAUUUGAUAUCACGUGUGAAGGUAAUAUCGGUUUGAUCGGCCUACUGACUAUCCUCACUGGAUUGUGUGGAAUGUGUUUAGGAUUCGUUAUUGCAUGUUGCUCUGCAAGCGAAAGAACCGCGACUUACCUUGCGAUGGGUGCUUUUCUACCCAUUGUGAUGUUAUGUGGAAUAAUCUGGCCUGUCGAGGGAAUGCAUAAACUAUUAAAAAUUAUUAGUUAUACGAUGCCUCUAACAAUGAGCACAGAAUCAAUGAGAGCCAUGCUAGCUAGGGGAUGGUCAAUGUCGCGCUCUACGGUUUACAAUGGUUUCAUCGCUACGCUUUGUUGGAUAUGCGUACUUAUGACUAUAUCGAUAUUAUUGCUCAAAUUCAAGAAAGGAUAAGGAUUUCUAAUUAAGUUAUAGAUCGAACAUUAUACUGGAUAUUGUAUGAGUGAAUAUAUCUUAUAGUGCAAGAUUUACUGUAUAAAAUAUACAGCAUUUGAUGAUUGGUUGGAUGAUACAAGAGGAAUAUAAAUAAAAGGUACAUUGAGGGUA